AUGUUCUCCCGCGCAGCGGGCCGGUUGCGCAGCCGUGCACCGAUUGGGGCCCUUGGCGCCCUGCGCGCGGGGCCGGGAAGCCAACCGGGCUAUGGAUUGCCGGCCAGGCCGCCCCUUGCCAGUGACGUCUCAGUGUUAACACCUCCAGCACUCUUUUUUCAACAGGUGCGCCACGGCCCCAAAGACGGCCGCCCUGGACGCCGGGAGCACCACAAGUUCGGCGCCGCCGAGCGGAAGGGAACGUACUACUACAGAUUUCACAAGCUCAUUGGAAAGGCCAACUGGCGUAAAUACAUCGAGCGUUAUGUGGCCCCACGCACCAUCGAGAAUCGCCAGAGGUGGAUUCCGACUCCGUUCCCCACCUACACACAGGGGAAGCACGCGCACUCGUGGAAUUGGCGUUUGCCCAAGGCAUUGGCUGCUGCAACCUCAUCAGAUGAAGUUCUGGAGGCCUGGAUCCUUUUCAGGCACAAGCACCCGAAAAGGACCUUCCACUUCUUCAAAGUGUUGAAGAGGCUGGUCGAUGUCGGGGGCUGUGAACAAACAGACUGGCGCUUACGCUUCAUCACGUCCAGAUUGCAUCGGAAACAUCGCAAGGUGAUGAACCUUCCCCGCUUGGCAAAGUACUAUGCGGAGUUGCGCAUCACCGAUGAGUUGGAACAUGUGUCCCGCUUCCUUAGGAAGAUGCUUCCCAGGUACACGUCACACCAGCUUGCCUUGACAGCCCAUGCCUUUGGUAUCGCCAAACUACAGGACAAAGACAUGAUGUCCAGAAUAGCCAGACUCAUUGCGCCGCAACUGAAUGAAGUCACGCCACUCGAGCUGGUACGACUGGCCCAGGCACUUGCCAGCACCGAAGUUUGCCACUACACACUCUUGUCGCAGAUCUCGGCUCAGGUACAAGUCCGCGUCCAGCAAGCCGGUAACGCCGGUAACGCCGCUAGCGGCGAGGUGAUCCCAGGCUCCUGUCCUGACUUCGCUCAGCUCAUGGACCUUGGAGAUGCCUUUGCCCAGCUCAAGUUUCAGGAUUAUUCCUUCUUCGAGAUGGUUUCCUUGCAGGCGCAGACUUUGCUACUCGAGGGCCUUCCUGGUCCCACACCGCCUACCUUGGCGAAGCUGUGCCAGUCCAUGACCAGGCUGAAGGUGCACGACAUUCGGCUCUUCGAGGUAAUCUUGGCGCAUGUGGGCGAGCAUUGGUACGACUAUCCAGCGACCAGUUUGGCCCAAAUUGGCUCUGCCUUGUCUCCCGUGAUGCCACGUGGAGAAGUGGAAGAUCUGUACCGCAAAAUGUUCAACCAGAUUCGACAGGAUCGUGACACACUGACCUGCAGGGGCGUGGCUGCAGCUGCGUGCUUCAUGGCGGAGGUUGAUCAUAAAGGUCAGUUUGUGCCCGGUUUCUUCCAGGCCCUAGCUCAACGCCUGAUGGGGCUGAAAGAUGAGACCAGGGAGUGUUAUGACGUGGCCCGUGUUACAGAGAUCUUCUCCAGAAGAUGCCCUGAGGACCACGCGCUCUUUUCGACUCUCUGUCGACAUUUACACCGGCACCUGGGCUUCUUUGAGCCUGUGGACUUUGUCCGCUUCACCCGUGGUUUGGCUGCUGCCGAGUAUCGGGAUGAGCGCGUGACGCACGCCCUGCCGAAGUGGGCUCAGAAGCGACACAAGGAGUUCUCGCCACACGAUUGGGAUGCCUUUGUGACCUCGCUCUCCAAGCUUGGAGCCAGCGAUGUGCGUCAAAGUCAACUGCGAGAGAUGGGUCCGCCCGUGCCUUCGGAACCUGCCACGUUCUCCGGCGGUCAAAUGGCUGAAAGAGCGCAGAGCGCCAGCUGA